AUGGAGGACAUGGAAGAGGAGCUGAAGUGUCCGGUGUGCGGGGCUCUGUUCCGAGAGCCCAUCCUCCUGCCGUGUUCGCACAGCCUGUGCCUGACCUGCGCUCGCAACAUCCUGGUCCAGACUCCCGAAGCCGAGCCGCUGCCCAGCAAGCGGGCGUCGGGCGGCUCCGACUACGACUACCUGGACCUGGACAAGAUGAGUCUGUACAGCGAGGCGGACAGCGGCUACGGCUCGUACGCGGGCUUCGCCAGCGCCCCGACCACCCCGUGCCAGCGCUCCCCGAACGGCGUCCGGGUCUUCCCGCCGCCCGCCCCGCUCGCCCUGGCCCUGCUGCCGGCGCCCCGCAACGCGUGCCUGACCUGCCCGCAGUGCCACCGGAGCCUGAUCCUGGACGAGCGGGGCCUGCGCGGCUUCCCGAAGAACCGCAUCCUCGAGGCCAUCCUGGACCGCUACCAGCAGGGCCGGGCCGUGGCGCCGCGCUGCCAACUGUGCGAGGCGGCGCCGCGCGAGGCCACGGCCAUGUGCGAGCAGUGCGACGUCUGCUACUGCGACGGCUGCCGCCUGAGGUGCCACCCGCCCCGGGGCCCGCUGGCCAAGCACCGCCUGGUGCCGCCCGCCCAGGGCCGCCUGGGCCGCCGGCUGGGCUCGCGCCGGGUGUCCACCUGCACCGACCACGAGCUGGAGAACCACAGCAUGUACUGCGUGCACUGCAGGACGCCCGUCUGCUACCAGUGCCUGGAGGAGGGGAAGCACAGCGCCCACGACGUCAAGGCGCUGGGCGCCAUGUGGAAGCUUCACAAGAAUCAGCUUUCUCAGGCGCUCAAUGGACUGUCAGACAAGGCAAACGAUGCCAAAGAAUUUUUGCUGCAGCUGAAGAACAUGGUGCAGCAUGUACAGGAAAACAGUGUGGAGUUUGAAGCAUGUCUUGUUGCUCAGUGUGAUGCCCUUGUUGAAGCUCUGAACAGAAGGAAAGGACAGUUGCUUGCACGAGUGAACAAAGAACAUGAACACAAACUAAAGGUGGUCCGAGAUCAAAUCAGUCACUGCACAGUCAAACUGCGUCAAACUACUGGCCUGAUGGAAUACUGUCUGGAGGUAAUUAAGGAAAAUGACCCAAGUGGAUUUUUACAGAUAUCAGAUGCUUUAAUAAGACGAGUUCACUUUACGGAGGAACAAUGGGGAAAAGGCAUCUUACAACCUCGCAUGAACACAGACUUUGAUUUAACUCUCGACAAUGCGCCGCUGCUACAAACUAUUCAUCAGCUGGACUUUGUACAAAUGAAAGUGCCAUCAGCUCCUAUGCUACAGCUGGAAGAAUGUUGCACUCACAACAACAGUGUGACAUUGUCCUGGAAACAGCCACCACUUUCAAGUGUUCAAGUAGAAGGCUACAUUCUAGAGCUCGAUGAUGGAAAUGGUGGCCAGUUUAGGGAGGUGUAUGUUGGAAAAGAAACGAUGUGUACGGUUGAUGGACUACAUUUCAACAGCACAUACAAUGCUCGAGUUAAAGCCUUCAACAAGUCGGGAGUUGGGCCCUACAGCAAGACACUUGUGCUGCAGACUUCAGAGGGUGAGAUACCGACAGUAGGUUCAUCAUAUCUUUUAUUUUCUUUUACAGUUGCCUGGUUUACUUUUGAUGCAGGGUCAGCUCACCCUGAUAUUCUGUUCUCUAAUGACAACCUCACUGUUACCUGCAACAGCUAUGAUGAUCGGGUAGUGCUGGGAAAUACUGGGUUUUCCAAAGGUAUCCAUUAUUGGGAGCUGUCUAUUGACCGCUAUGACAACCAUCCCGAUCCUGCAUUUGGUGUGGCCCGUAUAGAUGUACUGAAAGAUGUCAUGUUAGGAAAAGAUGACAACGCCUGGGCUAUGUAUGUUGAUAAUAACCGAAGCUGGUUUAUGCACAACAACUCUCACACUAACAGAACUGAGGGAGGUAUUAUCAAAGGAGCUACAGUUGGGGUGUUGUUAGACUUCACUAGACGAACGCUUACCUUCUCUAUUAAUGAUGAACAACAGGGACCUGUUGCCUUUGAGGAUAUGGAAGGCCUCUUCUUCCCAGCAGUAAGCUUGAAUAGAAAUGUGCAGGUAACACUCCACACUGGUUUGGAUAUCCCUCAAUCUCCUGCUGCUGCUGCUGCUGCACGAAACAGCCACUAGCAUCCUAAUCCCGAUCUUUGGGCAGAUACCUGCUUUAUAUUGUCUUUUGGAAUCUAAGUAGCAGGACCCUUUCCCUCCACUGUCACAAUGAUUCCAAAAAUGUUUUGAUCUUGCAAGACAACAGAAGUUUGCUAGCUGAGUGCUUAAAAGAUUGGAGAGAAACCAAAACUUAAGUAUUUUGCAGCUGAAAACUGUAUGAUUGUUAUCUGAACAUGUGGAUUUGCUUUGCUGUUUAGUGCUGGCUGAUAUUCAAAAGGCAUCGAGGCAGUCUGAUGUGACUUCAAAUGUCAGGGUUCUGAUAUGUUUUCGGGAUUUUUUUUGUUAUAACGCUCCGUCCGGUUGCUUUGCAUUUGGUUCAGCUGCUGCUUUUGAUAAGCAAGGAAAACAGUAAUGCAGUGCAGAGUACAUGUGGGAAAAUGCUAUAUUCUCAGACAUUUACAGUGGAAGGUAUUCACAGUUGCUAUUAACCUCAUUCUUUCUCUUUCCUGUUGCCUUUGACUGACAUCUCUGUACUCAACAUCAUUCCAAAACCUGUUUGAAUUACCAUGAGCUAACGUGCAUGCUUUCAACAAAAUUGUUCAAUCAAGCUUACAGAUUGGGAAGCAUCAGUUGAAGUAAAUACAGUAAUGUGAUUCAGAGGAUUCUAUUCUUCAGUUACAGCAACAUGCAUUUUAUAUAGCCUCCUUCACGUGAGGUAGCACUGUUUAUACGUAGUAUCCAGACCAAUCAAACACAGUUCACUAUUGAUAGUUGCAAUGUCCGUGCUGAGCACUUUUUAACUUUAGUUGCACGAGGGAGAAGCUAGGUUAUAGAAGCAAGCACUGUCUGAGCUGCAAUAAUAAAACCCAGGGAACUGCACGUGUUCCUACACAUGAGAUUUCCAGGUACCACAAGGCUUCAUUGAAUGAUUAUUUCAGUGUUGUACUAGAAAGGUUUAUACUUACUCAUAAUCAUCCCAGUAUAGUGCUCUCAUCCCCGAAAUAGAAUUGGUCAUUCUCUUCAUGGCUGUUUGAGGGUCAUUGCUAUGCAC